GCGUGAAUGCAACGGCUCUCCGUGUGGCUCCGUGAGAGCUCGUCGCCUUCAGUACUCCGGCAGUCCGGCCCAGUGCGCAUCGGUGCUCCGAUUCGUUCGGUUGUUGUCAGUCACGCGCAGCUCCCUAAUCAGGCCGUCGACUACGCGACAAAAACGUAAUAAUACGGCGUAACAAGAAGUGCGUCUCGCCCGAGCCCGAUCCGGCCCGGUUCCACCGCGGAUUCAUCGUUUCGUGUCGUCGCUUCGCCGCCGCAGUGCCAACACGCAGACGGGGGAGACCAGCUGAGAGACGCCGACUCGUCCAUCUCUGAAAUUUCACAACGCGAACGAGCAUCCGAGCCGAUACGGUGUACACGCAUACGCGUCCGCGCACGGAAGGCUGACGAAGGAUGGCGGAAGCCCAUUCGGCCGUAGCAUUCAGUUUUUCUAUAACCCACGAAGGAUGGGACGUGAACUUCGACCGAGAAGUACUUCACUUGGUGUGGCAGUCCGGUGUGCGAUCCUGGAAGAAGAGGUUCUUCAGGUUCCAGAACAACCUGAAGAGCGGCGUUUAUCCGGCUUCCUUGGAGAGCUUGUGGAUCACUGUGAUUACAGUAACGGCGAUACAUUUCGCCGGCUUCAAGGUCCCAUAUGACCUCGUUGGAAAAAUUUCACCAUAUCUCUCCGAUUCGUCGGUACCUGCGCAUCUGGCAGGAUCGUUCGUGGUCGGCCUGUUCCUAUGGCUGGCGGUCAUAUACGCGAUUCGGUACAUCCUGAAAGUAUUGCUCAUGUACAAAGGGUGGAUGUACGAGGCGAGAGGUAAAGGCCGCAAGAUAUCCAACUUCACGCGAGUCUGGCUGCUACUGGUGAAGAUAUUCUCCGGCUGGCAUAAGCCUAUGCUGUACAGUUUCCAAGGAUCACUGCCACGACUGCCGCUGCCGUCCGUAGUCGACACCAUGACCCGGUAUUUGAGAAGCGUACGACCGUUAUUGGAUGAUGAGAAUUACACUCGCAUGGAGAGGCUGGCCAAGGAGUUCCAAAGUGGCAUUGGAAAUAAACUGCAGCGUUACUUGAUCCUCAAGUCCUGGUGGUCCACCAACUAUGUGUCCGACUGGUGGGAGGAAUACGUUUACCUGCGCGGAAGGUCGCCCCUGAUGGUCAACUCCAACUUCUACGGGAUCGACGCUAUCCUCACGUAUCCUACGACCUUACAAGCCGCGCGCGCCGCGUCCGCUAUAUGCUCUUGCUUGCAAUACAGACGACUUAUCGAACGUCAGGAACUGGAGCCGAUUCUGGUGCAAGGAUUAGUACCGUUGUGUUCUUGGCAGUACGAAAGACUGUUCAACACCACGCGAAUUCCAGGGAUCGAGGUCGACAAAAUCGUGCACUAUCAGGAUGCUAAACAUAUCGUAGUAUAUCAUAAGGGCAGAUACUUUAAAGUUCUUAUUUACUAUAGAAAUAGGAUUCUUCAAGCCUGUGAAAUAGAAGUUCAGAUUCAACAAAUUCUGGAUGACCAAUCAGCGCCGUCAGUUGGGGAAGAGAAAUUGGCCGCUCUGACGGCUGGCGAUAGAGCCGCUUGGGCACAAGCUAGGCAAGAGUUCUUCGGGAAGGGUGUAAAUAGAGUUGCCUUGGACUUAAUCGAGAAGGCUGCGUUCGUAGUCACUUUGGAUGACGUAUCUUAUGAAUACGACCCAGAGCAUCCUGAGAAGUUAGACAACUAUGGUAGAAUUCUGUUACACGGAAAAGGAUACGACCGAUGGUUUGAUAAAUCCUUCACUUUGUGCGUGGGAAAUAAUGGAAGAAUUGGUUUCAAUGCGGAACAUUCUUGGGCAGACGCUGCGGUCAUGUCGCAUUUGUGGGAGUACGUGAUAAGCACGGAAUUCGUCAACGAAGAGGCUGAUGCACCGGUGAUGGGAACUCUAUGGGAAUAUAUUAUGGCUACUGAUAACGAGAUUGGGUACAAGAACGGCCACAACGUGGGUACUCCAGAGUUUACACCUCCCGCACCCACUCGACUGCAAUGGGAUUUGAGCGCCGAGUGCAUCGAAGCCAUUGAAAAAUCCUACCAGGUAGCGCGUAAUCUACUGAACGACGUCGAGCUGCGCAUUUACGUGCACGAUGCCUACGGUAAAGGCUUGAUGAAGACUCACUCCAUAUCGCCGGACGCUUUUAUACAAAUGGCAUUGCAACUGGCGUACUACCGCGACGCCUCCAAGUUCAGUUUGACAUACGAAGCCUCGAUGACGAGAUUGUUCCGGGAGGGCAGAACAGAAACUGUCAGACCAUGCACCAUCGAAUCCGCUAAAUGGGUCAAGUCGAUGGAGGACAAGACAGUGACGACGGAGGAAAAAAUAAGACUGUUGAUGGCCGCGGUGAUGCAACAUCAAAAAGCCUACCAGGAUGCGAUGUGCGGCAAAGGGAUAGACAGACAUCUGUUCUGCCUAUACGUAAUAUCAAAGUACUUAGAAGUAGAUUCACCGUUUUUGAAGGAAGUCUUGAGCGAGCCUUGGAGACUGUCGACAUCGCAGACUCCACAUGGUCAAACUUCGAGACUGGAUUUGAAGAAGUAUCCCAAUUGCAUUUCAGCGGGUGGCGGAUUCGGUCCUGUGGCCGACGAUGGUUAUGGUGUUUCUUAUAUAAUCGCGGGAGAAAAUCUUCUAUUCUUCCAUAUCUCUAGCAAACGAACAUCGUCGAAAACGGAUGCUGCCAGAUUCGCGAAAGAGAUAGAAAAAGCACUUGUUGAUAUGAAAGACUUGUUAGAGCAGAAGAAGAAAAUACAUCAGAAGAACGGAUCUGCGUAACUUAUUUGAAAUCAGCGAUAGUUUCAAAAAUGUGACUAUAAGCUAUAUAGUAAAGGCAGAAUUUAUACCUCCAAAUAACUUCUUUCUGGUAUAUAAAAAGAUUAAACAGUGUAAAUAUAAUUUAAUAUAUUUACAUGAAAAUAAUUUAAUACCAUAGUUUUUCAUAUAGAUUAUUUUGGUAGAUGGAAAAAUAACGGGCCCAAAAUUCAAAAUGCAGCGUAGACAAUUGCGAAUAGAAAUAGAUUUUUACUGAGUCAUUUUCACAUUCGUUAUACACGUAUCAUUAUCGAUUAGCAUUUUUAUUAUUAGAUAAUUAUACUUGGACAAUUUAUGUGUGACUUAUCAAUAUUGCACAGCAAAAACGUGCACAAAAGUACAAGUAUCAAAUUUUCAUUAUUUGCUGUACAAUAUUGCAGAUUUGAGAUAUUGCAAUUUGAUAUUAAUGUUACAUAAUUAAAAAAAAACUUAUACAGAUAGUCACUUACUAAAAUGUAAUUUUUAUCAUAAACAAUGCCGCAAUAUAUACACGAAUGAAUUAUUUCUACGAUAUUUGUUGGUGAGAAUUUUGAAAAUAUCGUUAUAGGAAUAUCAUCAGACAUUCUCAUAAGUAAAAGAUUAUUCCAGAAUAUUCGCCUUCGUAAAAGUCUGGUUAUUCAUAUAAGGUUUCAUUAUAAAACUAAAAUUUAUACAAAGAAUUUAAGUCUAUAUGAGACAAAAGAAUUUAAAUCUAUAUUAUGUGAAUAAUGAGAUAUAUAUCAAUUAUAGAGUUGCCUUAUUCUCACCAACUAAUAUUAUCUGUUAUAGUUACGUUAUUAAAUAUCAAGAAUAUUGUUGUAGAAUAUUUCGUGAAAGCUACUUAUUCUAUCACAGCGUAUCACAUCAAACAGGUAACUCACAAAUCUCAUUAGUUGUAGAGACUGUUGAGAAUUUUUACGCAAGCGAUAUAAAAGAGAGUAUAUUAUCAAAAUUAAGUCUUACGAAUGUUUCCAAUAAGCGGAAAUUUUAAAGAAAAGAUUUUUAUCAUCAUAAAAUGAGCAUAUUGUAACAUUCAUUGCAUUGUAACAUCUAUUGCAAGUGUAAUUGCAGUUUAAUAAUUUCAUGUAUACAAACUACAUCUUGUAUCGUAUUUUAGUAUCAAGUAAGAGUGCAUUGAUCUUAUAAUGCAACUUGCGCAUAUGGAAGUGAUGAAAAAGUUCUCCGAAAAUAUCGACGUAUAAGUGAUAAAUAAGUAUCGCCUGCUCCUUAAUGUGUGAGAAGACAUCUUGAUUCGUAGAUGAACAUACAUUGUGUCAAAAAAAUCAUGAUUCAAAGUUAUAUUUUAAAAAUAUUCUUUUGUUAUAUUGAUUUCGAAAUAACAUUCUUUAGGACAAGAAUGUAUAUUUCUAAUAAUUUGAGUAAUUAGCAUUGCUACUUUUCAGGACAAUUACAUGCUUUCAAAUCCUAGAAGAUUCAUUUCGAGAGAUUGUCUCAAAAUUUAAAGUUAAGUAUUUUAUACGAUAUAUUUCAUUUUAGGAAAUUAUUGAACCUUGAAUUUUUGAAGAAUUUCUCGAGGUGAUAAACGAGAUAAUAUUCUCGAGGUCAUCAAUUUCUAUCAAUCUCAUGUAACAUCUGACGAAAUUUUUGACACAGGUGUGUAAUUGUGAUCAAUCUAAUUUCUCAAGCAAACUUUAAGCGAUGCCAUAAACUGAUAUGUGCAACCUAUCAAUGCAAAAUGUUUUAAUUGUAAGUGAUUUUAUACUUAGGUUAGAACUGUAUGACCACAUUCUCUACAUUUGUUAAGGGUACAUAUAGAGAUAACGGUGCUUUUAAAAAACUUGUUAUUAUUACUUGGUGUUGUUACGAUUAAUCCUUACUAAGUUUGAGACUUAGUUUGAGAAAUGCAAGACAAAAAUGCAAGAAGAUGAAAUAUAUAUAUGAAUAUCUUUUGUAUACUUCAUUUCUUCUUUGUACAUUUCAUAAAGUUGUGUAAACGACUGUGAACUAAGUGUGAAAUUGUACAAUGACCUUUUAUAUGUGUUACUUCUAAUAGAAGGAUCUUUAUAAUCAUUGUAAAUAAAAGCGUUUUUUACGCUGGGAAUUUAUAAGGAACAACUUUUUUUUUUAACUCUGUAAAGUAUGUUUAUUCGAUCAAGAAUGAAAAUAUCACAUAUGUGAAAUGCUUAAUUAUUGACAACAAUAAGAACUGUGAAAUGUC